UCAUUACGAUGAAACCAAAAUAUAAGAGAUUUAUAUAUAUAUAUAUAUAUAUAUAGAUAUAUAUAAUACUAUAAAAAUAAAAAUAAAGAAAACCUACAUUUUAUAUAUUCAUAUAUUGUCUAUGGAAGAACUCAAUAAAGUUUAUGCACUUUACGAAGCGCGUGGGCUAAAAUGUUUUGGUUGUAAUCUUGGUAAAAACUAUUUUAGCGAUGGUCAUCGUUGCUUUCGUUCUGGAUUCUUCUUUCAUAAGGACUGUGCCGAAUCCAAAUCAAAGAUUUGCAACUUUUACCAUCCACAACAUUCUUUGUACAUCAAGGUACUUGCAGAAAAUGAAGAAGCCUAUGGAAAUUGCAAGCUUUGUAGAGGUAACUUGUCAAAGAUGUAUUAUUAUUGUUUAAUAUGUGAUUUUACCAUUGAUUUGAUAUGCGCAAAAAAAGAUGUUAUGAUAACAAUUGAGAGUCCGAAUACCCAUGAGCACCCUUUAUCCCUUGUUCCAAAGAUGGAUUUGUUUACUUGUCAUUUAUGUGGAUUGCAUGGUGACCGGUUUCCUUAUGCAUGUAAGUUAUGCAAUUUGAGUUUUCACAAAGAUUGUGCUGAAUCCACACCGGAGAUCAAGUAUUCUUGUCAUCCUAAACACAUUCUUAAACGUCUCACACAUGUUCCAAAGUACACUAAUGGAAAAUGUUGUUUGUGUGGAAACAAACUUCAUUACAUAUUUUAUCAUUGCUCUAUUUGCAAUUUCAGUGUGGAUGUCAAUUGUGUAAAGAAUCCACUCCCUUCCACUCUUGUUAACUUUAAAGCUCAUGAGCAUUUACUCACUCUUAUGCCUCAACGGAAUUUCAUUUGCGACGCAUGUGGAAUGGAUGAUGACCCAAAUCCAUAUGUAUGUCUUCCAUGUAAUUUCAUGAUUCAUCGAAAUUGUAUUGAUAUACCACGUGUCAUAAAGGUCUAUCGUCAUAAUCAUCGUAUUUAUUACAAUCAUUGUCUUGACGUUGGAGAUCGGAAAUGUGGAGUGUGCAAUAAAGAGAUAAACUGGACAUGUGGGGUUUACAUUUGUUCAAAAUGUCCUGAUUUUGCCAUUCAUCCAAGAUGUGCCACAAGGUUCGGGAUUUGGGAUGGGAUUGAACUCGAAGACGUUCCAGAAACAAAUCUAGAGGUAAAGUCAUACGAGGUGAUCAAAGCAGAAGAAAUAAAGCAUUUUAGUCACGAGAAGCAUAAUUUAAAGCUUAAAGAAGAGAGUGAUGCUUAUGACAAAUGCAUGUCGUGUAAAGCAUGCAAGUAUCCUAUAUAUUCUGGCUCAUUCUACAGUUGCAUGGAAUGUGAUAAUUAUAUUCUCCAUGAAAAAUGUGCUUAUCUCCCACAAAAGAAAAUAGAUUCCUUCUAUAACAUGCUUACUACUCUAAUCACAGAUGAUGUUCGCAUAUUCAUUUGCAAUGCUUGUCAAAACGUUUCUCAAGGCUUUCGUUACACAAGUGAUGACAAUAAGACUAUCUUGGAUGUGCGAUGCGGUUCUAUUUCUGAGCCUUUCGUCCAUGAAAGUCAUCCUUUUCAUUCAUUAUACAUCAACCACUCAACGGAAGAUAGGGUUUGUAAUGCUUGUGGAGUUAACGCUACGAUGGUUUUGAGUUGCGAGGAGUGUGAAUUUGUUUUAGACAUCAAAUGUUCUGUUUUACCAAAGAUAGUUAAACAUAAAAAUGAUGAAAAUCAUUUUCUGUCUUUAUGCUAUGGAGAAAAAACAAUUGAACAAUACUGGUGUGAGAUAUGCGAGGAAGAACUAAAUUCAGAGAAAUGGUUUUAUUCAUGUGAUGACUGUGGUAUCACUAAUCACAUCAAAUGUGUACUCGGAGACUUCAUAUGGAUCAAUAUGGAAAAAGAUAAUGAGUCAUUCCCAGCUUAUAUGGUUUUCAAUAAUCGUAUGAAUCGACCAAUUUGUUUCUUUUGUGGUUCUCGCUGUCAAUUCUUUUCCAUCUUAAAAUUAUAUGGAAAAACAUGUUGUUCUCGGCUAUGUUUUCAAAACUACUUUAAAAUGUGGGAUAAGAUAUCCUGGGAUUAGGCUUGCUAGUAAUUUAGAUGAAGUGGAUUUGAUACAAAUGCAUCGUUGAUAGGUUGCUUCACCUUAAAAAUACUUUGUACAAAACAUUUAAACAUAAAAUUAUGUUAAAAAUAAUAGAAAAU